GGCAUGUCAAAACGGGUCAGCUGGCAGCCAUCAAAGUCAUGGACGUUACUGAGGACGAAGAGGAAGAAAUCAAACUGGAGAUUAAUAUGCUAAAGAAAUAUUCUCAUCAUAGAAAUAUUGCAACUUACUAUGGUGCUUUCAUUAAGAAAAGUCCUCCAGGACAUGACGACCAACUGUGGCUUGUUAUGGAGUUUUGUGGAGCAGGCUCUAUCACAGACCUUGUGAAGAACACGAAAGGGAAUACUCUGAAAGAAGACUGGAUAGCGUAUAUCUCCAGAGAGAUUCUCCGGGGGUUGGCACAUCUUCAUGCCCAUCAUGUGAUUCACAGGGAUAUCAAAGGGCAAAACGUGUUGUUAACAGAGAAUGCAGAAGUGAAACUUGUGGAUUUUGGUGUGAGCGCUCAGCUGGACAGGACGGUUGGCAGGAGAAACACUUUUAUUGGAACUCCGUACUGGAUGGCUCCAGAAGUUAUUGCCUGUGAUGAAAAUCCAGAUGCUACGUAUGAUUACAGAAGUGACCUUUGGUCCUGCGGCAUUACAGCCAUAGAGAUGGCAGAAGGAGCUCCCCCGCUUUGUGACAUGCAUCCCAUGAGGGCACUCUUUCUGAUACCCAGGAACCCUCCCCCACGGUUAAAAUCCAAGAAAUGGUCAAAAAAGUUUUUCAGCUUUAUAGAAGGUUGUCUAGUGAAGAAUUACAUGCAGCGACCUUCUACAGAACAACUUUUGAAACAUCCCUUUAUACGUGACCAACCAAAUGAAAGGCAAGUCAGAAUCCAGCUUAAGGACCAUAUAGACAGGACCAGGAAGAAGAGAGGAGAGAAAGAUGAGACGGAGUAUGAAUAUAGUGGAAGUGAGGAAGAAGAGGAGGAAGUGCCUGAACAAGAAGGAGAGCCAAGCUCCAUUGUCAAUGUGCCUGGAGAAUCAACCCUCCGACGUGAUUUCCUGAGACUGCAGCAGGAAAACAAGGAACGGUCCGAGGCCCUUCGGAGACAGCAGCUGCUGCAGGAGCAGCAGCUCCGUGAGCAGGAGGAGUACAAGAGGCAGCUGCUGGCAGAGAGGCAGAAGCGCAUCGAGCAGCAGAAGGAGCAAAGGAGGCGGCUAGAAGAGCAACAAAGAAGAGAACGGGAAGCUCGAAGGCAACAGGAGCGUGAGCAAAGGCGGAGAGAACAGGAAGAAAAAAGACGUCUGGAAGAAAUGGAGAGGAGGCGUAAGGAAGAGGAAGAGAGAAGAAGAGCAGAGGAGGAAAAGAGGAGGGUAGAAAGGGAGCAGGAGUAUAUCAGGCGACAGCUAGAAGAGGAGCAGCGGCACUUGGAAAUUCUACAGCAGCAGCUGCUCCAGGAGCAGGCCAUGUUACUGGAAUACAGAUGGCGAGAGAUGGAGGAACACCGACAAGCGGAGCGACUCCAGCGGCAGUUGCAGCAGGAGCAAGCCUACCUCCUCUCGCUGCAGCACGAUAGCCACCAGCAACAGCAGCAGCAACAGCAGCAGCAGCAGCAAGAAAGAAAUAAACAAAGCUAUCAUACCCCUGAGCCAAAAUCCCACUAUGAGCCUGCUGAAAGAGCGCGUGAGGUGGAGGAGAGAUUUAGAAAAACUAAUCAAGGCUCCCCUGAAGCACAGUCCAAACAGAUGGGCAAAGUGUUGGAGCCACCAGUGCCUUCAAGAUCAGAGUCCUUUUCCAAUGGAAACUCAGAACCUGCUCAGCCUGCCCUGCAGAGGCCGAUGGAGCCCCAGGUGCCUGUGAGAACAACGUCCCGAUCGCCAGUUCUGUCCCGCCGUGAUUCUCCACUGCAGGGCAGUGGGCAGCAAAAUAACCAAGCAGGUCAAAGAAACUCCACGAGCAAUAUAGAGCCUCGUCUGUUGUGGGAAAGGGUGGAGAAACUCGUACCAAGGCCGGGCAGUGGCAGUUCUUCGGGUUCAAGCAACUCUGGCUCACAGCCUGGCUCCCACCCUGGCUCUCAUAGCGGUUCCGGAUCAUCAUCCAAAUCAGAGGGUUCGCCAUCGCAGCGUCAUGAAAGUGCACCGAAAAAGCCUGAAGAGAAAAAGGAAGUCUUCAGACCUAUCAAACCUGCUGAUUUAACUGCAUUGGCAAAGGAAUUGCGAGCGGUAGAGGAUGUGCGACCUCCACAUAAAGUAACGGAUUAUUCAUCCUCAAGUGAGGAGUCAGGGACGACGGAUGAGGAAGAUGAUGAUAUGGAACAAGAAGGAGCAGACGAAUCUACUUCUGGACCAGAGGAUGUUCGAGCAGUGUCAACGCUGAACUUGAGCAAUGGAGAAACAGAGUCAGUGAAAACCAUGAUUGUCCAUGAUGAUGUGGAGAGUGAACCUGCCUUGACUCCUUCUAAGGAGGGCACCCUAAUUGUCCGACAGACUCAGUCCGCUAGUAACACACUCCAGAAACACAAAUCUUCCUCCUCCUUUACACCUUUUAUAGACCCCAGAUUACUACAGAUUUCUCCAUCUAGUGGGACAACUGUGACUUCUGUGGUAGGAUUUUCUAGUGAAGCAAUGAGAUCAGAGGCAAUAAGGCAAGACCCUACGCGGAAAGGAUCGGUUGUCAAUGUGAAUCCCACGAAUACACGGCCACAGAGUGAUACCCCAGAGAUUCGCAAAUACAAGAAGAGAUUCAAUUCUGAGAUACUGUGUGCUGCCUUAUGGGGAGUGAACUUGUUAGUGGGCACUGAAAGUGGUCUGAUGCUGCUAGACAGAAGUGGUCAGGGGAAGGUUUAUCCGCUCAUCAAUCGAAGACGAUUCCAGCAAAUGGAUGUACUUGAAGGGCUGAAUGUCUUGGUGACAAUUUCCGGUAAGAAGAACAAGUUGCGAGUUUACUAUUUGUCCUGGUUAAGAAAUAAAAUCCUUCACAAUGACCCUGAAGUAGAAAAGAAACAGGGCUGGACAACAGUGGGCGACUUGGAAGGCUGUGUGCACUAUAAAGUUGUAAAAUAUGAAAGAAUCAAGUUCUUGGUAAUUGCAUUGAAGAGUUCUGUGGAAGUCUAUGCAUGGGCACCAAAGCCAUACCAUAAAUUUAUGGCCUUUAAGUCGUUUGGAGAAUUGGUACAUAAGCCAUUGCUGGUGGACCUAACCGUAGAAGAGGGUCAGAGACUAAAAGUGAUCUAUGGCUCCUGCGCUGGCUUCCAUGCCGUUGAUGUGGAUUCAGGAUCGGUCUAUGAUAUUUAUCUACCAACACAUAUCCAGAGCAGUAUCCAGCCUCACGCAAUCAUCAUUCUCCCAAACACGGAUGGGAUGGAACUACUGGUCUGCUACGAGGAUGAAGGAGUUUACGUCAACACAUAUGGGAGGAUAACCAAGGAUGUGGUUCUGCAGUGGGGAGAAAUGCCAACUUCAGUUGCAUACAUCCGAUCCAACCAGAUCAUGGGCUGGGGAGAAAAAGCUAUCGAAAUACGAUCGGUGGAAACUGGACACUUGGACGGUGUGUUCAUGCACAAAAGGGCACAGAGACUCAAAUUCUUAUGUGAACGCAAUGACAAGGUUUUUUUUGCCUCCGUACGGUCAGGUGGAAGCAGUCAAGUCUAUUUCAUGACCCUUGGCAGGACUUCUCUUCUGAGCUGGUAGAAGCGGUGGGAUUUGGCGAGGAAUUGCUGACAUCCAGAGUCUGAGAUCUUCAUAACUCGGAAUUAUUUUCAACUGGAGUACAGACCUGCACUAAUGCAGCACUCUGUGUAAAUGUGUGUGCAGGCAUCACUGGUGUUAGGUUUCUUUUUGUUUUUCAACCGAGGCUGCGACGCAGCUGGUGCUGUAAAGGUAUUGCCAUCAGGUGCUACAAUGUCUUUGAGAUUUGGGAUCAUGCUAGAAAGCUACAGGUCUUCUUUUCCCUUCAGCUCCAGGAUUCCUAGGCUUUGAAGGACUCUGUUUGUUAGUGUUAAAAUAGGGGGAAAAAA